GGCGAAAGGGUUUGCGUGUCAGCUUCUCUUCUCGUCGUUGCUGUUCGGCUUGUUGCUUCGCAGGAGGUGUAGAGAUUGCAAGCAUCGCUUCUUCGGCUCAUUCGUGGCUGUUUUACUUCGCUCCUUCAUUGACUUUCCCUUCCUGUCGGAUCGGAAGUUACGACAUUUUGAUCGGAAGCAACAAGGGGAGCUCGCUAGCUGUGAAGAUCCAUUAUAAAUUGUAAUAAAAGAAUGAUGGAACUCCAAGGUUCUCUUAGCGCACAACCUUUAAACGGGCAUUGGACAAUCCAGAGUUUUGAGUGAGAAUGAGAACGGUAGAAUAUGAAGUGGAGAAGCACAAGAAGAAACGAAAGGAGAAGAAUUGUACUGAAGAUACUAUUAGGAACUUGAAUAAUUCUCCAGAGGGGAAUCACAAGCAAAAAAACAAAAAGAAGAUCAAUAAGGAGGAACACAAGUGGAAGAAGGAGAUACCCUCGGUUAGUAUAUCAGUAGUAGGCUCCAUUAUUGACAACACCCAGUCGCAAGAGCUAGCCACUCUUCUAGUAGGUCAGAUUGCUCGAGCUGCCACCAUCUUCCAAGUUGAUGAGAUAGUGGUAGUCGAUAAUAAGGCUCUUUCCAGUAAUGGUGCUGAGGUGAACAAUGGUGAUCAAAAUGAGAGUGGCGCACAGUUUCUUGUGAGAAUUUUGCAGUAUUUGGAGACGCCGCAAUAUCUCAGGCGUAGGCUUUUCCCGAUGCACAAUAGCUUCAAGCAUGUGGGUUUGCUUCCCCCUCUUGAUGCUCCUCAUCAUGUGCGCAAGCAUGAAUGGACCCCUUUUCGAGAAGGUAUAACACUGGAAGUGGAUGCUUCAGGUCCAAAGGGGACACUAGUUGAUGUUGGUUUAAGUAAGAAUGUCAAGCUUGAGCAAGUCCUCAUGCCAGGAUUAAGAGUGACUGUCGCAAUGGGAGCUGGCCGGAACAUAGAAACAGAUAGUUUGAAGAAGGUUGUUGGACAAAAUAGUCCAAGGGAAGAAAUGGGAAUUUAUUGGGGCUAUAAGGUCCGAUAUGCCCCAAACUUCAGUUCAGUUUUCAAGAGUUGCCCAUACAAGGACAGCUAUGAUUGUAUUGUUGGAACUUCAGAGCAUGGUGCAGUUAUCAAUUCAUCAGAGCUUUGCUUGCCUAAGUUUCAGCAUCUACUGAUUGCAUUUGGUGGCCUUGGAGGUCUUGAGGAGAGCAUUGAAGAAGACGAUGAUCUAAAGGGAAAGGGUGUUCAUGAAAUUUUUCAUUCAUAUCUAAAUACUUGUCCACAUCAGGGAAGCAGAACCAUUCGUACUGAGGAAGCAAUUUUUAUAUCGCUCCAAUACUUUCAAGAACCUAUAAUACGAGCUGGUAGAGUAUUUAAAGCGUAGUUUGUUGCUUGCUGGCCAUGCUACUUAACCAUAAUUUAUAAGGAUUUUUGGUCUCUUCAUUAAGAUCACAAGCUGCAUGUUAGGAAGAAGCAGAAAAAGUUAUUUCAUCCAGCAAGCUUCUCAUUUUUUUGUGAGAUUGUUUUUGUAACUCUAUAUGCGUAUGCUCAGAAGUUUUGUUGCCUUUUGGCUGGACAAACUGAAUAUGACUGAUAUGAGGACUUGUUUAAUUUGGCUCUUUAGUCAUUAAAUCUAGUGUAAUUUUUUGGCAUUUGGCAAGUUUAAUGUUGAGCUGGACAUGAAGAACAAAUAAAGUUGAGGACUAUCAAAAGCAUCUACUUUGUAUUUGUUAUAA